UAUUUAGUAUGCUAGUACACUGCAGGAGGACAACACAAACCCUGCUCCUCUUUCCUGAACACGGGAUUUCCGUUUCCGCGCAGUUAAAAGCGGUUCUGCUUGUUCGACUGUCAGUUUCAACCUUUCUUUCGUUUCUUUAUUUGACGAAAAGAAACCCCUCAAACUCAUGAAAUUAAGUCCGAGUGACAGAAAGUGAGCAGUGAUUUGGUGUAGAAUGAGCGGCACUGCUGGCGAAACUGCUACGAUACCGGAAGAUAUCUCAGGCCAAAUGCUGGAGCUGGACGAGGACGAGGACUUGGAAGUUUUCAGUAAGGAUGCAACCUUCACGGAUGGAAGCUCCUUCAGUGUUUCUAUGCAGACAUCCCCUGGAUCUAUGGUCAAUCAGUACAGAUUUGAGGAUGAUGAAGAUGAACCUGGAACUAAGGACAUAUUCAUCACAGUUGACAAUCCUGAGAGUCACGUGACCGCCAUUGAGACAUUUAUUACAUACAGGGUUUUGACCAAGACUACACGUAGUGAGUUUGACUCAAGUGAGUAUGAAGUUCGCAGGCGCUACCAGGACUUCUUUUGGUUAAAAGGCAAACUCGAGGAGGCUCAUCCAACUCUUAUUGUCCAUCCCCUACCAGAAAAAUUUGUUAUGAAGGGAAUGGUGGAAAGGUUCACUGUUGACUUCAUCGAGACGCGGAAAAAAGCACUACACCGGUUUCUCAACAGAAUAGCUGACCACCCCAUUCUCUCCAGCAGUGAGGAUUUCAAGCUCUUUCUUACAGCACAAGCCUGGGAGCUAGCGUCUCAUAAGAAGAAAGGACCUGGUUUCUUAAGCAGGAUGGGUGAGACAGUGCGAGCCGUGGCUGCUACGGUCCGAGGGGUCAAAAAUCGGCCAGAGGAGUUCAAUGCUAUUCAGGACUAUGUGGACAACUUUAGCCUGAAGCUGAACUCACUGGACAAAAUCACCCAGAGGAUCGUCAAAGAAAAACGAGAGUACCUGGAUGAAAUAAAAGAGUAUGGCCCAAUUUACACCCUGUGGUCUGGCUCAGAAGAGGAGCUGGUGGAGCCUUUAAAGCUCAUGGCGAGUUGCUUGGACAGGUGCUCCAAGGACACAGAGGAGCAGAUCGAGCAUCUCAGUAACAGCCUCCUCCCAACACUGCACGAGUAUGUGCUCUGUGCAGACAACCUCAAGGCAGUGCUGCGGAGGCGAGACAACAUCCAGGCAGAGUUUGAGGCUAAGAAUGAAGCUCUUGCCACUAAGAGGACGGAAAGGGAAGCUGACUCUAAGGUGCUGAGUUUAGCAUGGGACAGCCUGGUGGGCAAAGACCCAGAGGAGGUCAAACAGCAGAAACAGCAGAAGCUUAAAGGAGAGAUUAAAGAGAUAAAGGACGACAUUGAUAAGCUGGAAGACAGACUAGAAUGGGCCAAUAACACGCUGAAAGGGGACUGGAGCCGCUGGCAGAAGAGCAUGAGGUCCGACCUGAGAGCAGUCUUUACUCAAACAGCAGAGAAGAACGUGGAAUACUAUGAAAAGCUCGACACUUGACUUCUUAGAGUUGAAUCAGAAAUUGUGACCCAAGCACUGAUGGCUCAAUCCAUCCUGAAGGGGAACAUUUGGGGACUUUGUAAACAAGUCUGCGAACUAUCAUCAAUCCCUGUGCUCUCAUAGACCUAUCGGAGGAGGCAGGUGAUUAUAGUCUGUGAAUUUCACAUGUUCUCAUACAAACCAUGCACAGCAUUGCAAAGUGAAAAAUGUUUCUUCCUCAUUCGAACCAUUUGAAAAAGGUGAACUUGUGCUGAAACAAAUGCUGGCAGAUAACCUUGACACAUGAGCUACACAAGAGGUUCUCCCUCCUGAUUACACUUUCACAUAUUAGAUUUUUUUACUUUUACUCUUUUUAUUGGUAGACAUCAGUGUGCUAUAGGAUGCAAAACUGUGCACAGCAAGGAAGUAAAACAGCUAUCUGUUACAGAGACAGUCACCACAGUGGGGAGAUGAAUCAAUUAAGCCUGUUCAUAUUGGUACUGUACUGUUAUUAUACUUCUCGUAUCACUGUUGAAUACAUCACCCCAAGUCCCAGGUUUGUUUAAUAUCAGAUAUACAGGCCACAAUAACAAAAAGGGAGUAGGGAAAGAGAGGAAUCAAUGAAGCAGCUCCUCUUUAAUAAGUUGAGACAGUUUAGAGGAGUGAGGCGUGGUGAUUUAACGAAAGGCCAUAUCGGUUUGUGCUGAUAAAAAAAAAAAAAAGAAUAAGACUUCAGAGUUGGUAUGCAGGGGAUGAGGGGGGCUAAGUUGGAAGCAUGUGGCAUUCCUGAACUCUUUGAAUCAUUAAUGUGCACAAGAAUGGCCUCAAUAAGCUGAGGCAAGAGGAUGAAACUCGGGAGAGUGGGAGAUGAGGGUGUGGAUAUUGACUGUGUCCACAAUGUGCCCUUAUAGAAAAGAAUUUUCCUCUGCCUCGGUAAUAGUGUGUAGGAAAGAAUACUUCCAGAUAAUGGCAUAUGUACAAGAAGUAGAGCAAGUGAUUGAGAUAAGGAAACAGGAGAUGAAAGUGAGUGGUGUGUGUGUUUAGGAAAAUUUACAGGUGAGAAGAUGAAAAGAGUCAGGAGGAAGUAAUGCAAGAGAAGAGGAGAGAGCAAAAUAUAGUGGUGAAAAAAUAGAAAGGUGUUUUCCAUUUAAAUAUGGUUUAUUAGUAUGUCCAAGCUGAAAUAUGUUUCAUUUUAAAAUAUUAUUUUUACCGUCUUAUAUUUUGGCUCUAUAAGCAACAUGUGAGGAACAUAAAGGGUAUGGUUUUGUCACUCAGAUUUUACAUUUCUGUCUAUAAUGUACUGAAACAAGAACACUCUAGACAUAUUCUCCACAUGGCGCUUUUAAACGGAUUAUUAGAUUAUUAUAAUUAUUAUAUAAUAUAAAUCUAAUAAAAAUAUCAUUUGGAUAUGUGCAUUGAUGAUGGGUUUAAUCCUGACUUACUAUGUGGACUGGUAUUGUAAUUUUUAGAGCAAUUUGCAUUGUAGCCUGUGCAACACUGUGGGCACAGCAGCUGCACACCAUAAGAUGGCAAGUUCAUAGGAUUGCCAUGGAGACGCCAUAGCAACAAGGAUGUUGCUCAGAGAUGGGGAAGACAAAGAUCUUGUCAUUAAGUGUUAGACUUAAUUUAGACAGUACAUGGUAUUUUUGAGGUUUUUAAAUACUGCAUUGUGUGACAUGGGGCACGGCAGGGUUUGCUCUUAGGCCUUCGAUCAUUCAUUGUAUGAUGGCUUUAUACUAAAUGUUUCCUCUUUGAAAUCAACACUCAGUGUGUUUGUGGAGGUUAUUCCAGCUCCUGUUUAUGCACUCUGAACUUUAGCUUCACAUGAAUUGUGUGUGGGCAUGUAGCUGCAUAUGUAUUCGUGUGUUUGUGUACAGGACUGGCUGAUUUAUUCUCCCUGCACUGCCUGUAUUUUUCCCGAUUAAUUUUAUUUACCUGAGUUUUCUCAUAACAGCUGUGGAUGAAGCGGGUCAGAGGCCUUGGGCGGCAUAAUGAGUCUCUAAACUCUAAGCUAAGCCUCCACACACUCCAUGCUGAUACACAUUCUACAUCAGAGAGUAUUUACAUUUCCAGUCAUUAUAAAUGAGCUGAGAUCAAUUUUACCUCUGCAGAUACUUACUGUACAUAAAAUAACGUGCCAUUAGGUCCUAGCACCUGAGUGCUAAACGCAAGUGUGUAUAUAUAUAUAUAUUUUUUGUUUCAGGGUUAGCAAACUAUUGCUGACCCUCUGCACAAGCAUUUAAAAGCUGGUGUGAUCAAGGCAUUCCAUGUUAUUUUUCUUUUCAUUUAAUUUUCAGUGCUUCUAGAAUUCACUCGCACUUCUGUCUGAUUUUUUUCAGUCCAGCUUCUUCCCCCCAGUUCUCCUCAUGAGAUCUUAGUAAAGUUUUCUUUUUGAUGUGUGCCCAUGUCACACAGCAAAGCAUAACAACGCUCAGCUCCACUUGGCAGCUCAUCAUCUCCAUCAGCUGUCAGUUUGAUCAUCUCCAGCCUUGAGGGUGUCAGUGACCCAUUGCCCAAAGUCAGACUCAGAAGUGAGUAAAGCAGUCGGUUCUCAGCUCCUGUGUAUAUUUUUGCCCUUAAGAUGGUGACUCACACGUUGACCUCGAGUUUCUCGGUCUUUUUAUGUGUGCAGUGUGAAUUGAGGUUCUGAUCAGCAAAAUGUUUUCUUCACGGUUGAAGUAAAACUUUUUUGGUUUUAAUUUUCCCCACUGCAUAAUGAAGGCAAUCAUUUAAAUCAGGCACUGAUUUGCAGCCUGAUUUCAGCCUUCCUUUUCUAUUACAUUUCAUAAAGAUCAAAAAUACUGUUGACUUGCUCAUUCACUACGUCAGGAUUGAUGUGGAAUGAUGGUGAGUGAAUCGGAGCGAUCAGCCGAUUCGGAGUGCUAACUUUGAUGCAGUCCUUUCUGUCAGGUCAGGUGAACAUUUAUUAUCCAAUAUCAUACACACAUGGAUAAAAGCAAAGAAAAGCUUGUUGUUAUUCUACUUUUAAACAUGCUCUUUGCCGUCGCUUGUUUGUCACAUUAAUCAAGACGAACACUUUGGUUUCACUAUUUGUUUUGAUUUUAUUUGCCUUUAUUUGUAGAGACAGGCCUAAGAGGAUUGGUGUUGUAUUUACCUGAAUUUAUAUGCGUUGUCAAAAUUGACAACAUAAGUCCCCUAAGUUUGCAGCAUGUUUGGCUUUCAAUCUCUCAUCUGAAGUGCUUUAAAAAGGUCAGAGCUCAGAGCUCCUUUGGAACGGUGCAACACUGAUUAAGUGGACCAGUUCAUGGCUAUUCUGAAUCGGCAGGAAAGUUUGUAGGCUCUGGGGGAGGAGAGGGUUGCUGAUGUCGGAAGGACAUUAAUCUUGAGCCUGGAAAGUGACACAUAAAUGACGCAGAGGGCUGCAGCCGGCCACAGCCUGGAAUGAAAUCGGGUGCUAAAUUGGAAGUCGCCGUGUGUCAGCCCUCAUGACAGCCUUCAAAUAGCUUCUCAUUACUCUGCAGUUGGAGGGCUACCCAGACAAAAAAAAGUGGCAUAGGUGCACAGGCUCGAUGCUAAUGUCAUUAUG